GGCGCCGGCGGCCGCCUCCGCAUGGGCACGUUGCUGAGCCGGCAGGCCUGCCAAGCACGGCUGCGCAGCGCCGAGGGCAUGAGCCUGGCCGAGUUCCUGUACCCAGCCCUGCAGGCGUACGACUUCUUGCAUCUCCACCGGCACCACGGCUGCCGCGUGCAGCUGGGCGGCGCCGACCAGAUGGGCAACAUCAUGUCCGGAUACGAGCUCGUCACCAAGAUGACAGGAACAGAUGUGUUUGGAAUUACUGUGCCUCUUAUUACCAGUACUACUGGAGAUAAACUGGGAAAGACUGCUGGCAAUGCAGUUUGGCUAAACAGAGAUAAGACUUCUCCGUUUGAGCUGUAUCAGUUUUUUGUUAGACAACAAGAUGACAUAGUUGAGAAAUACCUGAAACUCUUCACCUUUCUUCCUCUUGAGGAGAUUGACCACAUCAUGGAAAUGCAUGCCAGAGAGCCUGAAAAAUGGGGCCCUCAGAAGCGACUUGCUGCAGAAGUAACGAAACUUGUCCAUGGGAGAGAGGGGCUGGAGUCUGCUAAGAGGUGCACCAAAGCCCUUUAUCACAGCAGCGUGGAGGCACUGGAAGCUAUGUCUGACCAGGAGUUACAGGAACUUUUUAGACAGGCUCCUUCUGCUGAAUUGAUACUUGAACCUGGAAUGACUCUGCUUGACCUGUGUCGCAAAGCAAAUGCCAUUCCACAUGGACCUAGUGGGUACCAGAAAAUUACAGAUGGUGGAGUUUCAGUAAAUGGGAUUCGUGUAACCAAUCCUGAGGCUGUUCUUAUUCUUGGACAGCAUAUUCUCAAGAAUGGAGUAUCAUUGCUUAGGAUUGGAAAGAAAAACUACUACAUUAUAAAAUGGCUCCAAUUGUGACAAGAAGAAUAUCUUCCUAAAAUUAGAUACCACUUCAACUCUGUUUCUUGAAGAAUGUAAUUGAAGACAUUUCUAUACUGUGCAUUAUUAUGCAGCUCACAAACUGCCUAAUAGCAUAGUUUCAGUUUUCAGAAUACAUCAACAGGGUUCAAAUAAAGGCAGCUGAGAUUCUAAACAUGUAUGAUUUCAUGUUUUAGCUCUGGAAGUGAAUCACUGAACCAGAAAGUAAUAGAAAUCCAUACCAGAUUUUUUCCUCAUCUGCUGUCAGUCUCAUUCCUUCAUGGUGAUCACACUUCACGUAGGCCACAGAUUGCAUAUAGCAGAAAAAGCUGCACGCUAUAUUAUGGCAGUUGCACACCUACACUGGAUUAACUCCACUAAAGUUAUGUAUUAUAAUUUGUUACAGCUGCGCUUUUUCUUAACUUACUCCUUUUUAAGUUAAUGCAGUGGCUGUCAGUAUCAGCUGUUGCCCAUGAAGAGUACGGAUUCGUGUGAUGUGCUCUCUCCAUUAAGAAACAAGAUACAGAUCUAAAACACCAAAAAGGAGUGUUUGGAAUUGCUUUGGAAACAGGUACCACUGAAGUACAGAACUGGAACACUGCCACAGCUCUUAGAAGUUACACCGAUGAAGAGAGAUUUCAAGCACCAUUCACAAAAUAUGCAUGAGAAGAUGUAAAGAUGCAUUUCAAGGAACCAAGAUGGAAACUCUCUUCCAACUACUGAAUUGUAGGUGGGAGGGGCAACUGUCACCAGAUAUGCUACAGAAUAAUUCACAACAAGAUGUGCAGUGGGAUACUUGAAACCUGUCCUAACAGGAUGGAUGCUGCUGUUGACUUUUGACUUCAUCCUAACAUAGAAAAUCAGGAUAAGUGGGUAAGGACAAACAACCUACUACCAACAGUUUUUUGUAUUUUUUUUUUCUUAACAGGUUUGGUUUAAAGCUGUAGAAGAUUCACAAUAAAUAAGUGAAACAGUUAAGUCCUGAUAA